AAGCUUUGUGAACCCUAGAUCUUCAUCCCAGCAAUCUUGUGGCGUGACAUGUUUACGGAUGAAUCCAAUUUUUUGUAGUCUUCGCCUACCUACAAGUGGGCCAGUUUCUGUUCAAGUCGAGUGUGAGCGAUCCAAAGUACACUGGCAAUAGAAGACCUCGCCGUAAUAUUGCUUGUCGCCACAGUCGCUGUGCUCGCAUGGUCGUGUAACUAUGGAAAAAUGAUAGUGAUAACUGGCUGCGUCACUACCUGUACCAUAACGCUUUGACGAGCAGACGCGCCCGCCGGGUGUAGCAGCAGGAAAUGAGCGGUGACCCGACCGCCCAGUCGGAUUUCCGAUCUGCAUCGGAUACGUUCCGAAGUGUCGCAUCGCAAGCGGAGCGAUUGCAAGUAUCUCAACUCUCCAGGACGCCGCCAUCCACCACAGUGACGCGGGAAUUGCAUCCGCGACCACCCGCGUCUCAUCGAAAUGAUGCCCAACCGCCGCCGCCGAGCGCGACGUUUGCAGGCCGGCCCCAGGCUUCGGCUCGUGGUGCGACGAACGUUUUUGAACCCCGUGCCAAUUACCUCCCAGGAGUCGGCGGGCAGUUACUUCCACUGCCAACCGGGCUGGUUGGCGGCAAGCUGUACCUCCCGCCGGGUUCGAAGAUACCAGCGCUGGACUCGCCAGAGAAGGCGGAAAGCAGGAGAAGAAGGAGCAGGUCAGAGACGUCUGAGGAGCGCGAUCGCGACGGUGCGGAGGCGGAAGUGGAACGACAAGGACUCCUUGACGCGAGAUUCUCGGCACAGGCGAAGACGCGCGAACGGGGGCAAGAAGAAGCGCAGUCAACAGCUUUCUUGAGGAUUAGAAGGACAGCCUCGACCGGAUCGACCUACAAAGUGCCCCUGGGAGGCGACAGAAACGGUGUGGAUGCUGCUGCGGUUGUACGAGUAGGAGAGCAAACGGGGCAGGACGAACAGCGGAGCGUAAGUUCCAGUUCGAUAAUAUCGCCGUUAGCAGUAGACGGACCAGCAAGUGGACGACAGCGAAGUAGAUCCCCCGGCUGGUGCAAGGACGGUAGUAUCAGAAGUCCGCUAGUAGCCAGCCUGGAAGCGCAAGAUGGUUUUUUUCGAGAAGAUGUCAGCAGCUCACCUGGGAGUGGUGCCGCGCGCGUCGACAGUGACAGUAGCGUCAGUGACGUUUGGGAAAAGUGUCGUUGCACCAAGAGUCUGAGACGCGAGCAGCUCCGUCGUCCCGGGGAGGCCAGAAGUUUGCGUUCCGGGUCGCGUUCCGACAAGAUUGAAGCAUCGUCUCAAAGCUCGUUUUCCACCUCGACAGGCCGCGAACAAGAGCAGAAGCCGCUCGAGGCAAUUGGUAGCAGAAACGAUGGCGUCGAAGGAGAAGAAGACUUGGAGGAAGACGUCCUUUUUUCUACUUCGUCUGAAUCUUCAGAAGCGGAGCCAUUGAGUAACGCGGUGUCGGUCAAUUUUAUGCGGCGCGCGCACGGACUGCAGACGGCGUAUCUGGACAAAAUGAACGCUUUGAGCGAGGACGAGCCGGACGCAUACCCCAAUUACGACCUCUACCUAAAGUUUUUUCUGCGAGCAAAACUGGAAGAGAUAGACCAGUGGAGCUGGUUUGUACGACACGAAGUGCGGCAAGCGCUGUACUGGCACUUGUGCGACCCGCGCAACCGGACCAACACGCAUUGGUAUGUGGAGAUGGUAUUCUUCAUGAUAGUGACAUGCUUGUUUUUCGAUGUUUCAGUGUGUCUAUUCCUUCCGGUGGAAGCAUAUGUUUGUAAAAAAUCCGUACAUAGAUGAUUAGGACUGCAUUAUCUGCUCCAGCUACAAUUCAAACUCGCUUGUUGAACAACUCAGAUUACCAUCUACGGUGGCAGCGCCAACGGUUUCACGGCCCCGGGGGGCGAUUUGGACGUGACGCUCUGGGUUCCGGAUAUAGCGCGGAAGCGAUUUGCCCCCGACGCGCAAAGCAAACGCUUCGACAAGGAGUCGCAGAACCGGGACCGUGAACGGAAAGCGCUCUGUUUGGACAUGUUCGCAAACGACCUCCAGCGCGACCAGGGCGACAACUACUUCGACUUCGAACUGGUGAAGUACGCGAAGAUUCCCGUGCUAAAGUGCAAGACGUGCUUUCCAUACCAAAGAGGUGCGGAGGCACUGGAGCUCGACUUUACGGUGAACAACGAGAUGGCCGUGCGCAACACGUCCCUGCUGAAGCGGUACAGCGGAAACCCCUACUGCCGCGCGCUCGCGAUUCUGGUGAAGUCGUGGACGAAAGCAAACAACCUCGUAGGUGUCCAGAGCGGAUUCCUCUCUUCCUACGCCUACAAUCUGAUGGUGAUCUUCUUUUUCCAGUGCCAGGGGAUCUUGCCGGUGCUGCACGAGGAUCGGGAAAAGCAUCCGCUGCACACCUCCUCGCCGGCGAGUAGCUGCGGGCUGACGCCGCUUCUCGAGAGCAACAAACUUUUGGGCUCUGGUGGCACCGAUAUUAGCAUUUCGGGAGACCAAAACAACAGCGGUUUUCCCAAAUGGAUGCAGGACGACUUGCUGACGUCGGAAGAGGAGCUGGAGCUGCAGCAUUUGGAACAGCCUUCGGAGAAAAAGAAAGAAAGCAACAACGCAGUAGAAGAAGGCGAUGGCAGCCACGCGAAUAAAACAAGCGACGUGGACCAGAAAAGCGACCCGUACCUAGUAGAAGAGCGCGGCGUUUGGGACACUUGGUUUGACACACUGCAGCCCUGCAAUGAGCCGCAGGACGGGAAGGCUCACGAGGAGGCAGAACCGUUGUCACUGACCAGGCUCUGGCUUGGGUUUCUGCAGUUCUACGGCGGAGGCAUUAAGCAACAGAAAAUGAAAAGGGACCUGGCGCAGCAGGAUAAGCUGAACGAGACCAAUUUCGAGCGCGCGCCGUUCACAGAGCUCGAUCCAGCAGCCGGGACGUAUUGCCCAGCGGUCCGCCGGGUCUACGGCCUCGGCUGCGAGAACGGCGGGAAAAGUUGCGCAAACACGACCACCAGCGUGCUGGGGAACAUUACCAGCCGGUCUUUCCUAGUGAGCCACAAGGAGGAUGAACAGGAUCCCGCGAAACGCAGUCGGACCAAGUUCCCGCACGAGAAGUUUGUCGUCGCGAUCCACUGCAGUGAACUACGGACGAAGGAGGACGCAAUCGACCGCGACUCGACCAACCGGUGGGGCGUGCCGAGUUAUUACGGAGAGGACGGACGACAGCUGGUAAUCCAGGACCCGUUUAUUCGCUCGCGCUUCCUGUGCAUGGAGGUGGAACAGCAACUGGUUUUUGACGAAAAAUGCCGAGCCGAGUUCGAGCGCGUUCUGUUCCAUCUGCGCAAGGACGAGAGAAGCUACACCAGCGGCCUGCGUACGGAGAGUGAACAGAUGCAACGAGUGCGGGAGUUUGUGACAGAGCGACAGGCGAGGUUUGAGCAGGCGCUGCGCGAGUUCAGAAACGGGGUGCGAGCUCUGAAGGCGGAAACGCAUCGUGAUACGCUGUGA